AUGCAUACUCAUCAUGAAGAUCGAGCAUCAACGGCGCUUCUCGUGCAAAUGGCCGAUCUGAUGGCUGACCAAAAUGCCGUCUGGAAAGAAUCUCUUCGAACAGAGGAAAUGAAGAAGAACGCCAACGCUGGACAAGCGAGUGGUGCAGCGGUUGCGCAAAACUACCAAGCCUAUCUGGGACGGUACUGUCAAGUGGUAAUGCUUGAGUAUGCCAGUAAGGUAACUUUUGCCAUACACUUGACAUACACAGAGGGGGCAUCGUUACCAGAAGGCCCUGAUCAGUAA